AUGGAUCCCGUGCAUUACUGUCCAACAUACGCUCCAUUCUUUGGCUUUGCGGGAGUCUUUGCUGCACUGUACGUGUAUUCCAUGUCAGGUUCCAUUGUAUCGACUUUAUACUCAAUGCGUUUAUUCAUAGCUUUGGGAGCUGCAUACGGUACUUCCAAGGCCGGUAUCGGUAUUGCUGGUAUCGGUCCUUUCAAACCUGAGCUCGUCAUGAAGUCGCUUAUUCCAGUGGUCAUGAGUGGUAUCGUUGCUGUGUAUGGCUUGGUGGUGGCCGUCUUGUUGGUUGGUCAAAUGUCACCUACUUCGGGCUAUUCGCUAUUCUCUGGUUUUGUUGCUCUUGCAGCAGGUCUUUCUGUUGGUAUUGGCGGCUUGUCAGCAGGUUACGCUAUCGGCAUUGUAGGCGAUUAUUGUGUUCGAGGCUAUGCACGUGAAACACGUCUCUUUGUCGCCAUGGUGCUUAUUCUUAUUUUCGCUGAAGUCUUGGGUCUAUACGGCUUGAUUGUCGCCCUUAUCCUCAAUGCCAAAGCCGACAACACUUACUCUGCUAGUAUGAAACAGGAUGAUGAUGAUUAUGCAGCGGGAAAGUAA